CAUCAUUCUUGCAAACACAGCCAUGAAUCUUGGUUCCAUGGAGCUGGCCAAUCAGAACCUUCUCGCCCCAGACAUGGCACAAGCCAUUCAGCUCCUCUCUCGUGGUGCUCCAAGAGAUGGAAGGUCAGCUCAGGUCGCGGAAUGCUUGGUUCGACUCAAGGAGAUCGAUGGCAUGACUCAAGUGGAGCAAUGUCGGCUCUCGGAGACAGGCAUGACUGAGAGGCAACGGAUUGUGGAGGAGCAGCGUUCCAAACGCUAUGAACGCCUUGCAGAGGUUAUAGAGGCUUCAGUGAAAGAGGGGGCUGCGACCAACCGUGAAGCAAUCUCUGCGAGAGCGGAGGUUUCAAAGCAAGCCAUCAAAGGAAAUGUUCAGAUUGAGGAGUACCGUGCCAAAGUGUCGACCUACAAUACCUGGCAUUGGACACUUCUUUCAGUCUUUUGCACGGCUGCCAUCAGUUCACGACGGCGAAGAUCAGGCUGGAUGCGAAGGUUGAAUUUGUUGCCUUGGCUUCUUUUGGCCUAUUUGGCCUGGCAGAAGCUGAGAAAGAUACAGAGCUCCAACUUGUGGCAACUGAGUUCCAACUUGCUGAAGCUUCGAUGGUUCUCUCUUGAACAAUUUCAAGGUGACCCGAGUACGAAGUCGGAAGCCGACUCCAAUGCAGAGAGUCAGACUCAGAGCACCUCCACCCAGAGCACUUCCCAAAGAGUCGCGACGCUUCCUGCGAUGCCUCACUCCGACGAAGCCGACGCGGCGUCUCCGACAGCAGCGAAAGUGGCAGCUUCGGCAGCGUAUGCAGCGUUGUGCAGAGACUUGCAGCAGUUUCUCGAACCAGCUGGACUUGAUUCCUACGCAGAAAGUCUUGCUGCACAUGGCUACGAUGUGGAGGUCCUGAGAGAGCUUGAGCGUUCUGAGCAGGACGAAAUGCUUGAGACGGUCAAGUGCUUGCCUGGCCAUAAAGUGAAGUUUCGGAAACUGCUCGUGAGAAGCCAAAGCUGAGCUGUUAGGUGUUGAUGCUAAAAAGGAGCACGAAAAAGAUGAACAAGGGAUGAAACAGUAAAGAAUCCCAGGCAUGUGAGGCGUGCAGAGCUUUUGCGCACCAAUGCUCAGGGAAUCUGCCAUGCAGCUGGGACCAAGGGACGAGGAGCUGGACAAG